AUGGGGGCAAAAAUCAGUGAGCAAAAGGAGCCGCAAAUCAGGACAGAUAGGAGCAAGGAACCAACUGCGAUGGCUUCAGGAGUCCUAGUGAACAUAAAGGAGGAGGUAACCUGCCCCAUCUGCCUGGAGCUCCUAACAGAACCCAUGAGCCUGGACUGUGGGCACACAUUUUGCCAAGUCUGCAUCACUGCAAACAACAGUGAGUCUAUGAAGGGCCAAGAGAGCAGCUGCCCAGUGUGUAGGAUCAGUUACCAGCCUGAGAACCUGCGUCCCAAUCGACAUGUGGCCAACAUUGUGGAGGCGCUUGGGGAGGUGAAGUUGAGCCCAAAGGAGGAGCAAAAGAGGGAUCUCUGUGUGCGCCAUGGAGAAAGACUCCUGCUCUUCUGCAAGGAGGAUGGGAAGAUCAUCUGCUGGCUUUGUGAGCGGUCUCAAGAGCACCGAGGUCACCAAACAUUCCUUGUGGAGGAGAUUGCCCCAGAGUACAAGGAAAAGCUCCAGGCAGCUCUGGACAGGCUGAGGGCAGAGCAGCAGAAAGCUGAAAAAUUGGAAGAUGACCUUGCAGAAGAGAGAACUUCCAAGAUGGAUCAAAUAGAAAAUGAGUUGAAAAGUGUCCAGGACUCGUUUGAACAACUGAGAGGUAUCCUGGCCAGUGAGGAGCAAAAGGAGCUGCAAAGGCUAGAGAAAGAGGGAGCAGAAAACCUUGAUGACUUGGCUCAGGCUGAGAGUGAGCUGGCCCAACAGCAGAAGUUGUUGAGAGAUCUCAUCUCAGAUCUGGAGCAUCGAUUGCAGGGGUCAACAGUAGAGAUGCUGCAGAAUGUGAAAGACACUAUGAAAAGGAGUGAGACCUUCACUCUGCAGAAGCCAAAAACUCUCUCCACGAAGCAAAGGAGAGUGUUCCAACCUUUUGACCUGAGAGGGAUGCUGGAACCAUUUAAGGAACUGACUGAUGUUCGACGCUACUGGGUAAAUGUGACCCUGGAUCCUCCCACGGAUAAAUCAAAUAUUAUCAUUUCUGCGGAUCAGAGACAAGUGAAACCUGCCUUUUAUUUGAAAACACUUCAUUUGUAUCAGAAAGGCUAUUAUGAGGAUUUCAGUGUCCUGGGGUCACUUCCUAUUACAUCAGGAAAACAUUACUGGGAGGCAGAUGUGUCAGAUAAGUAUGCCUGGGUUUUGGGGGUGUGUGCUGUAAAACGCUUUUCUGGCUUCAAGUUGACAGAAUUUUUAAUACAAUGUAGGAAUGUUUACUCUCAAUAUCAACCUAAAUAUGGCUACUGGGUUAUAGGGUUUCAGAACCAUUCUGAAUAUAAGGCUUUUGUGGAUUCUGACUCCUCUGACCCCAUGACCAUACCCCUGUUCCUGAGUGUUCCUCCCCGUCGUGUUGGGGUUUUCCUAGACUAUGAUGCUGGCACUGUCUCAUUUUUUAAUGUCACUGCCAAUGGGUUUCUCAUUUAUAAAUUCUCUUCAUGUUCCUUUUCUCAGAAAAUGGCUCCAUAUUUCAGGCCUAUGGAAGGCACUGACCCUAUGACACUGUGUUCUCCAGGCUCUUAA